AUGGAAUCAUCCGCUGCAGAUAAGAAGCGCAACAAGCUUGGAUACCAUCGCACCUCUGUCGCAUGCGUACACUGUCGACGACGGAAGAUCCGGUGUUUGCUCGCCGCGGACGAUGCUCAGGGACGAUGCGAGAACUGUAUACGACUGCGCAAGGAGUGCCAGUUCUUCCCAGUUGAUCAACAACCCCCCAUCGAGAAGAAGUCGCGCCCAAGUUCCCAGCUGGAAACGGCCUCGACUGAUCCAUCGACUGCCUCGUCUUCGCCCCCCACCCUCACCGGUGACCAAACGGAGGCCUACUUUCCCUAUCAGUCGAUGUCAUUGGGUGCGAACCCCGACGUAACCGGAUUCAAUGCUGCGGUUUUCCCUGGCAACCCGAUGGUGACUUUCGCUCCCGAGCGCACCGUUCCCUCUUCGGAAUUCGCGCCGCAUCCGUCCAUCGAUUCCUCGACUGUCGCUUGGGAUGACUUCACGACGAUACCUGACCAGCAGAUGCUAGCUUCCAUGGCCGCUGGCAAGCCCAUGAUGAACGUACCCGCCAACGUCUGGACUCCUGCGCCUGGCCAAAUGGCUCCGAUGCCCGCUACGUCGCCUCUUCCCGGCACUCCGACGGUUCCGUCCCAGAAUCAAGGGCUCAAUCCAGCACCCACGUAUACCAUCCAGCCGGAUGGAUCGGUGUGGCAAGUGGCACCCACGCGAUCAAUGACCUUCCCCGCACAGCCCGCCGAUAUGACCGCGUCGUAUCCCAACCCUGCGCAAUUCGUGCAACCAAUUCCCGCCGAUCUCAAACGCAGAAUGACCAGUCCGGCGCAGACGUUUCCCGGUGUUCCGAUGAACCCUCAGAGUCCUCCUUCGGCAGAGCUGCAAGGCACUCCGGUGUCUGUGUCAUAUCCUGGUCAACCGGGCACUUUGGGUUAUCCUGGUUGGCAGGACAUCAAUGCCAUGUCGCCGAUGAGCGUGGUGCAAUAUCCCAUGUACGCUGGCGAUCCGGUGCAACAGGCAGGCUUUGGCAGCCCUCCGCCAAUGGGACACCCGGGUCCAGCACAAUCUCCACCAUGA